CCUAGAUUAAUUUAUUUAAAUGCAUUUACUGCCUUUGACUAUUUCCUCUCCCUGGAAACUUUCAAAAUUCAGACCUAAGUAGGCCAAAGAAAGAAUGAGCUGUAGUGGUAGACAGAUUUUUUUUUUUUUUUAAUCCAGCAGCACCAAAUUGGAAAUGGUUGGGAGCUCUCCCCACUGAUUUGAUUCUAUUUGUCAGUCUGUUCUAUCUGCUGGCAGUUCAUUCUAAGACAUGUGCUUGAUGCUGGCCAAAGGUAGCAAGUAUACUAAUCUGCAUUUUGUUGUAUUUCAGGACUACCUAACUUCUUGGUAGAUGGUCUGGGUCUAGCCCCAUCUUCCAGGCUUGGAAGUCUAAAUUAGACCUCUCAUUAACAGCUUGCCUAAUUGCUCUUAAGAUUUAGUCACUAGGAAUAGCUCAUUAUUCUGACCAUCAAAAAAUAAAAAAAACCAGUUCUGAUCAUUGGCUUGUACUCAUUAAAUGAGAGUAUAUUAAAUAUUAGAAUUGGGUUAAAACUAGAACCUCUGAGGAAUGUUUAGUUAUUUGCAUAGUGAAUGAGCAAAUAUUUUGCCUGUAAUAUGCCCAGAGAACUUGAAACUAGAAGGACCAUGUUCAUGUCCUUAAAAAAAAAAGUCACUGCCAUUGUUUGCUAAAUGGAAUCAUUGCCACCUUCCUCAGAGGGGUAAAAUGAAAAUUAAAAGAGAAAAUUAUGUGAAAGUGCUUUGUAAACUGUCAAACGCCAAACAUGCAUAAGGGGUUAUUACAGUAGGAAAUGGUCCCUUUCAAAGGUUGAUCAUUUCAGGGAAGUCCCAAAGAUUAAUCAUUUAAGAAAUGUCAUAAGCAUAAAUUACUAGUUUCCGUAUUCAAACUAUGACAGAUUCUUGAAGACAUGAUGAGGAAAGUAAUUGAAAUUUGGAGGAAAAGUCUAAUUAGUGUUUUUAAUUGAUUUGGAAAUACUAGUUUCACAUCCCGGAGAAGGAAAUGGCAACCCACUCCAGUAUUCUUGCCUGGAGAAUCCCGUGGACAGAGAAGCCUGGCGGGCUGCUGUCCAUGGGGUCGCACAGAGUCGGACACGACUGAAGCGACUUAGCAGCAGCAGCAGUUUCACAUCCCGUAGAGGAAUAUGCAGCACUUUUGGAGAUUAUAUUUUAAAGUCAUUGUAAUAGUGAAUUGCCUAGAGAUUCAGCCAUUACGUGGGAAUUUUCGUACGAUUCUGAACAUCACCCAGAGCACCAGUGGAAUGCUGAGGCUGUCUCUCUCUUUGAUUCGUCUUCUGGGAGCUUGCAGCUACCCUUUCCACUCCUAGGAAUGCUAGUGGCGUACAUGAGAUAAAGUGGGUUCCGAUUUCAUGGGGCAUGAUCAGUCAUGUCUGUCUUAUUCCAGAUGAGAGGUCCGAAACAUUUCCAGUCCACUCCGAGUGGAAGAUAAGGCAGUGGGCAGGCAGAUGACAGCGACUUCACGUUUCCCUAUCCCGAUACUGAGGUGCCGCCGUCAGCUGAGUUCUCAGGCCCAGGAAAAAGCAACAGAGUCUGGAGAUAGAUUUGAGGGAGGAUGGUGCAGAAGACCAACCCCUAUGCACAUCUCCAGAGACCGCUGGGGCGGGGCGGGCAGGGGUCGACGCCCCUCCCCGGGGCGGGGCUCGCAGCCCCGCAGCCGGCUCAGGGCUAGAGAGGCUGCUUCGCUGCUAGCAGCUGGCGCGAUGUACCUCCGCCGGGCGGUCUCCAAGACCCUGGCGCUCCCACUGAGGGCGCCCCCAGGCCCCGCGCCGCUUCGGAAAGACGCAUCUCUUCGCUGGAUAUCAUCUAACAAAUUCCCUGGAUCGUCUGGAUCAAAUAUGAUCUAUUAUCUGGUUGUAGGUGUCACAGUCAGUGCUGGUGGAUAUUAUACUUACAAGAGAGUCACAUCAGGGAAGGCCAAACGCAGUGAUCAUGUAACAGAUUUGAAAGAAAAAACCAAAGCGGAGUUACAUCCACCUCAAGGUGAAAAAGAGAACCUUGUGGGUGCUGAGGAAGCCAGUUUAGAAGCCCCUGAAGUAUCUUCAACGGAAACUUCUCUGGUGCUUACUGAAGAGAUUCCCGAUGCUCCAGCUGUGGUCGUAAAAGAGGCUCCCCCCAGUCCAGAUGACGCCGAGGCUGCUCCUGCGGAGACCGUGGCGGUCGGUGCGGAACCUAGGCCAGAGAUGACAGAAGCGGCGACAGUGGAGACAGCAGAGGUCAGCACUGAAACGACCUCGGAGGUCACGAGCGCAGCUCCGGAGGAAGCUGCUGCCGUGGGUAGUGAUGAAGGUACAUCAGAGAACGAAAGCCGUGGUGAAUGUGCUGAACUGGAAGAAAAUUCUCCAGUUGAGUCAGAAUCCUCUGCAGGGGAGGAUUUACAGGAAGAAGCCUGCGCAGGUUCUGAAGCCGCCUCAGCCCAGGGCUAAUCUCAUGCUGAUUGAUUGACACCUCAGCCAAAAAAAGCCAUAGAGGGGCUGAUAGGUGUUUUUGUAGUUUUAGUAACCCUAGAUUUUAAAAAGCUUCUUUUCUGGAAAAUGGUAUUGUGCCUUGAGGAUUUUUGUUUUUGUUAUCCACUGAUCGAUUUCAGAAAGGAGAAAUUUGAGAUUUUACAUGUCUGAAUAGUUUUCUGCUCUCUGGGAUCAGAGUAUGACAUGGCAGUAAAGAGCUUAAAGAAUUUCAUCUGUGAAUUUAAAUUUUAUGUGACAGAGAUUGAGCUAUCUUUAUAACCUGCAUUCACAUUAAUUUUGCUCUAACUCUACCUUUCUUUAAUGUAUGUAAAUCUAGGUUCUUGAGUUUUAAUUUGAACUCUAAAUAAAUUUGGAAAAUCUUUA